GGGAGGAGGCGGGGCUUUACCUGCCCACACCUGCAGAGAGUUGAGAGACUGAAGGAAGAAAAACUGACAGAAACCGGAGCGGGAAGAAAAUGUUGGUCCGACCCACACAGUCCGUCUGAGUCACCGAGCCGAACCCACCUGAUCCGGACUGAGCCGAUCCGGGUUUAGUCCGAGUCCACCUGUAUCCCGGAUCCACCUGAGACUCCCUGAAGAUUUCUCAACAUUUACUGAAGCAGGAAGUGAGACAGGAGCCGCAGACAUGGGUAGUAAAGAGCGAUACCAUUGGCAGGCUCAGAACGUGAAGGUGAGCGGGGUGGACGACAUGGUGCUGCUGUCCAAGAUCAACGAGGACGCCAUCACAGACAACCUGAAGAAGAGAUUCAUGGACGACUUCAUCUUUACCUACAUCGGGUCCGUUCUGAUCUCUGUGAAUCCUUUCAAACAGCUUCCAUAUUUCACUGACAGAGAGGUGGAGCUCUACCAGGGAGCGGCUCAGUACGAGAACCCCCCCCACAUCUACGCGCUGGCCGACACCAUGUACAGAAACAUGAUGAUUGACAACGAGAACCAGUGUGUCAUCAUCAGCGGUGAGAGCGGAGCUGGAAAAACAGUCGCUGCCAAAUACAUCAUGAGCUACGUGUCCAAAGUGUCCGGAGGUGGAGACAAAGUCCAGCAUGUUAAAGACAUCAUCCUGCAGUCCAACCCGCUGCUGGAGGCUUUCGGAAAUGCCAAGACCGUCCGCAACAACAACUCCAGCAGAUUUGGUAAAUACUUCGAGAUCCAGUUCAGUCGAGGAGGCGCUCCUGAUGGAGGGAAAAUCUCCAACUUCCUGUUGGAGAAGAGUCGAGUCGUUUCACAGAAUCCUGGAGAGAGAAGCUUCCACAUCUACUACCAGCUGUUGGGGGGGGCGACUGCAGAGCAGAGGGAGAACCUCGGGGUCACGACCCCCGACUACUAUUACUACCUCAACCAAUCAGGAACUUACACUGUGGAGGACAUGAACGACAAGAAGGAGUUCUCUGAUACCAUGGGGGCGAUGUCAGUAGUGGGUCUCUCGGUGGAGGAUCAGGAUUCAGUUCUUCAGCUGGUUGCAGGAAUUCUUCAUCUGGGAAACAUCAGCUUCAGAGAGGAAAACAACUACGCUGUGGUCGAAAGCCAGGACUUCCUGGCGUUCCCGUCCUUCCUGUUGGGGAUCUCUCAGGACGGCCUCUGCAGUAAACUGACCAGUAGGAUUAUGGACAGUAAGUGGGGCGGGAAAACCGAGUCCAUCUCCGUCACCCUGAACACGGAGCAGGCCUGUUUCUCCAGAGACGCCCUGUCCAAAGCUCUGUACACCCGACUCUUCGACUUCCUCGUUGACUGUGUUAAUAAAGCCAUGCAGAAGGACCAAGAGGAGCUCAACAUUGGCGUCCUCGACAUCUACGGCUUCGAGAUCUUCCAGCGAAACGGCUUCGAGCAGUUCUGCAUCAACUUUGUCAACGAGAAGCUGCAGCAGAUUUUCAUUGAGCUCACGCUGAAGGCAGAACAGGAAGAAUAUGUUCAGGAGGGGAUCAAAUGGACCCCCAUCGAGUACUUCAACAACAAAGUGGUCUGUGACCUCAUCGAGUCCAAACUGAAUCCUCCGGGGGUUAUGAGCAUCCUGGACGAUGUGUGCGCCACUAUGCACGCUAAAGGUGAAGGAGCGGAUCAGACGCUGCUGCAGAAGCUUCAGGGACAGAUCGGAUCCCACGAACACUUCAGCAGCUGGAACAAAGGAUUCAUCAUCCACCACUAUGCUGGGAAGGUGUCGUAUGAUGCCAGUGGUUUCUGUGAGAGGAACAGAGACGUGUUGUUUAACGACAUCAUUGAGCUGAUGCAGAGCAGCGAGUUUCCGUUCAUCAAAGCUCUGUUCCCUGAGAACCUGGAGGCCGAGAAGAGAGGGCGUCCGAGCACCGCCAGCAGUAAGAUCAAGGUACAAGCUAACAGUCUGGUCCAGACUCUGAUGAAGUGCACCCCGCACUACAUCCGCUGCAUCAAACCCAACGAGACCAAACGUCCCCGGGACUGGGAGGAGAACCGGGUGAAACACCAGGUGGAGUACCUAGGACUCCGAGAGAACAUCAGAGUCCGCCGGGCCGGAUACGCCUAUAGACGGGUCUUCAAAAAGUUCCUGCAGAGGUAUGCCAUCCUGACAAAGGACACCUGGCCUCAGUGGAGGGGCGAGGAGCGAAAGGGAGUCCUGCACCUCCUCAACUCUGUCAACAUGGACCAGGACCAAUUCCAGCUGGGCAAGACCAAAGUCUUCAUCAAAGCUCCAGAGUCGCUUUUCUUGUUGGAGGAGAUGAGGGAGAGGAAGUAUAACGGUUACGCUCGGGUCAUCCAGAAGGCGUGGCGUAAACACAUCGCAGUCCGCAAGUACGUCAAGAUGAGGGAGGAAGCCUCUGACGUCCUGCUGAACAAGAAGGAGCGCCGCAGAAACAGCAUCAACAGGAACUUUGUGGGCGACUACAUCGGGACGGACAACCAUCCAGAGAUCAGACAGUUUGUUGGCCGCCGAGAGAGGAUCGACUUUGCCGACGUCGUGGUGAAAUUUGACCGAAGAUUCAAGACAGUGAAGCGUGACCUCAUCCUGACCCCGAAAUGCCUGUACAUGAUUGGUCGAGAGAAGGUGAAGCAGGGUCCAGAUAAAGGCCAGAUCCAGGAGGUUCUCAAGAGGAAGAUUGAGCUCAACAAGAUCCAGUCUGUUUCCCUGAGCACUCUGCAGGACGACUUCUUCAUCAUCCAUGAGGAGGAGUACGACAGCGUUCUGCAGAGCGUCUUUAAAACAGAGUUUCUCAGUCUGCUCGUCAAACGUUACCAAGAGAAAACGCAGAAGAAGCUGCCGCUCAAAUUCAACAACCUGCUGGAGUUUAAGGUGAAGAAGGGCGGCUGGGGUCCGUUCAGCUCUUCUGGGUCCAGACAGGUCCAGUUCCAGAUGGGUCAGGGGGACGAGGCGGUCCUGAAGCCCAGCGGAAAGACCCUGCAGGUCUCCAUCGGACCGGGUCUGCCCAAAAACUCCAGACCAACGAGGACGGACAAACGCAAGAGUCGCUACAUGGGUAACCGGGCUCCGCCUACCAGCCAGCACAACUCAGCUCCACGCUCCAGAGGGGGAGGAGCUCCCAGAGGGGGAGGAGCUCCCAGAGGGGCCCCUGCCUCCAGCAGAUUCUCCCUGAUGAGGCAGCAGUCUAGCAUGGAACAGCCCAGUCUACCCCGCCUCCAGAGUCAGCGCCGCCAUGACACCCCACCCCUCCAGCAACAGGACAUGGGCUUCAUGGACGUCCCCGAUCAGGGCGCCGCUGGGCUGCAGAGACGGCGGUCAAAGGAGGUGAAGCCUCUUCCUGGAGCAGGUCGACCCGUGCCGGCUCCCAAACCGAAGCCUCGGUCUCCACAGUGCAAAGCUCUGUACGCUUAUGACGCCCAGGACACCGAUGAGCUCAGCUUCAAUGCUAACGACGUCAUUGAGAUACUCACUGAAGACCCGUCCGGCUGGUGGUUCGGUCGGUUGCGAGGCAGAGAGGGGAUGUUUCCCGGAAACUACGUGGAGAAGAUUUAGACUUCCUCUCCGGGGGGGUCAGAGAUCACUGAUCUGCUGCUGCCGUCGCCGGGGUCAGAGGUCACCAGAGCUUUCAACAUUUUACCGGACAGGAAACAGGAAGCUGAUUAUUGAGUUUGACGAGUUCAUUCAUAAAGAAACCCAUGUGUGUUUCAGUCAGUGGCAAUGGCGUCUCCAGAGGUCAAAGGUCAGGGUCUGACUCCUGGACUGAAGGCUCGAUCAGAUUUUACGUCAGUGUUAUCAUGGAAAGGCUGAAAACACAUGAAAGAUUUGCAAUUUGUAGCUCUCUGAUCAAAAGACACAAUAAAAUGAAAUAUAUGAAACCGUUUUUACAGUUAAAUAAUCUUUCAGAACAAACGUGUGUGUUUUAUAUCUGCUCACUGUGUUUUAUAGAGCAUCAACCAGCUGACCCUGGAACAGCCAAUAAACUGACAUUUCAGUACAAA